CGUACAUAAUGGAUAAACGUCGAAAUUAAGCCUUCAACCGCAGGAGACCUUUCGUUCAAACUCGCACCUUUCUUCUUCUUGCGCGAACAUACGCGUACAUCUACGCGAAUGUUCAUGUCCGAUCACAAGGAUUUUCGACUCUAUAAAAUAGAGUCUCGUGGGGAGAAAUGGUAGAGAUUAUUGGUGCAGAGAGUCAUGUUGACUUUAGGGCUGACGUAGUGGUGGGGGAUAACAGUUGGGUCGUUGGCGGCGCAGAGCGUCACGUUGACUUUAAGUCUGACGUAGCGGGUGACGUCUUGGGCGGUGGCAAAAAGAAGAAGCCCGAGAAGCAGGCGGUGAAGGAGUACCCGCCGCCGCUGGAAACGCGGCGGGUGAUGAAGCGGAGAUACACCAAGGACGGGAGGCUCGUCGUCACCGCGGAGCCCUCCGAGUACUAUGUCGUCGACGGCUCUGACAACCGGCUCCGCCUGCACCUCCUCAGCAUGAAGGGGGGAUUCUCCUUUGCCGGAGAGGGCAGUGGCUCCGGGACCGCGCCGGAAUCCGCUCCUGAGGAUGAGAAUGGCGGCGGUGGGGAAGACAACGGCGCGGAAGUGCCGAGCAUGCCCCCGCGGGAUUCAUGUUUCUAAGCAAUGUGUGUUAAGGGACCGGGGUAUUUCGGGAAUAAAUAAAAGGGCGGUGGGUGGGGGGCAUCGUCUUCGUGGUGGUCUUGGAUAAUUGAGUUCUGUUUUUCAUUUUUAUCGUUUUGUUGUCUUCGAUCAUUUCCGAUGAAAAAACGACCGUUGAAAUGUCGUGAAAUUCGAUGUAAUAUGAAUAAAGGUUCCUUUUGUUU